AUGUUGCAGGGAACAUACAGAUUUAAGAAUGGAGCACGUUAUGUAGGUGAAUAUCUGCAGAACAAGAAACAUGGCCAGGGAACCUUCUAUUAUCCGGAUGGCUCCAAAUACGAAGGAAGUUGGGCACAUGAUCAGCGACAUGGAGAAGGAACUUAUCAUUAUCCAAACGGUGAUACAUAUACUGGAGAAUGGCUUGCUCAUCAAAGGCAUGGUCUGGGAACCUACGUGUAUGCGCAGACAGGCUCCAAAUAUGUGGGAACCUGGGUUCACGGAAAGCAGGUCGAAGCUGGAGAGCUCAUUCACCUGAACCACCGAUACCAGGGCAACUUUCUCAAUAACAAUCCUACAGGUCGAGGGAAAUACAUCUUUGACUUUGGCUGUGAGCAGCAUGGAGAAUACCUUCAGACAGAACAGGACAAAACUGAAGAAGAGAUCGCAGAGGAAGAAUCCGUCACUAUAACUGUCCUGAAGUGGAAGGCUGAGAAACUGUCGGGAUUGACAUUGUACUCUCCAACAUUUAAGACCGAAGUAAAGGCCGACGCGUUAGAGGCUGAAGAACUGGCUGCUGAUAAUACAGAGGCUGCUGACAUAGCUGAGAAAGAUGUUCCUGAGACAGAUGCUGCUGAUACUGCUGCUCCUGCGGCUGAUGCCCCAGAGGUAGAUGCCCCAGAGGUAGAUGCACCAGAGGUAGAUGCACCAGAGGUAGAUGUACCAGAGGCAAAUGCCCCAGAGGCAGAUGCCCCAGAGGCAAAUGCCCCAGAGGCAGAUGCCCCAGAGGCAGAUGCCCCAGAGGCAAAUGCCCCAGAGUUAGAUGCCCCAGAUGUAGAUGCCCCAGAUGUAGAUGCCCCAGAGGUAGAUGCCCAAGAGGUAGUUGCCCCAGAGGUAGAUGCCCCGGAGGCAAUUGUCCCAGAGGCAGAUGCUCCAUUGGCAGAUGCUCCAUUGGCAGAUGCUCCAUUGGCAGAUGUUGCAGAGGCAGAUACUUCUGAAACAAAUGCCCCUGUGACAGAAGCUUUUGGUCUCGAUUCCCUUAGUUUAGCAGAAGGUAAUGAGGGUGUAUCUGAUGCUGCAUCUGAGCUGGCUGCAGACUGAGGGUGUGGUAUGAGGCUAGAAUGCCUGAUUAGUAGCUGGAUGGAGAGCACCACCAAUUACAGAAAACCACUUGGUUGCAGGCUGAAAAAACUGAAUGAUUCAUGUUGGCUUAAAAAUAUCCACGACAGAAAAACAAGAAGCCGUGUCUUGGUCUACUGACUUUAAAGUGUUGUUUUUAUCAAGGAGAGCAAGUUUCCUCCUUGGAAUGUGGACUGGACAGCAGUAUGAACCAUCAUGCCAUCAAAGUUUACAAUCUUAAAAAUAAAAUAUUAGAUACAAAGCUUAUGAUUUUUUUCACUGACAUUGCAAACAAAUCCUAUUCCUGUAUAAAUACUAUGCCUAAAGAAUAGACAGUGCUUAUUGACCCUGUGGAAAACAUGGUUAGAGGUGGCAUUGCUGUAGUGUUAUGAACAGACAAAUUAGGAGCAGAGGUAUGCCAGUCAGUCCUUAUAGUCUGCUGCGUCAUUCAAUAAAAUCAUGGCUGAUCUGA